AUGCCACAUGUGUCACAAAUUAACAUUUUGGAAAUAUUAAAUGGUAUUUCAGACCAGCAGGCAUUUGAUUCAGACUUUGGAGGCGACAGUGAUGCCGAAGAUGUGCUUUGUGUUUCAAGUGCAAGUAAUACACCAACUAGUACAACCAGAGGUAGUAAAAGAAAAAAUGCAUUUAAUGGUGGUCCUUCUACAAGCCUGAAAAAUUGUUAUAAUGUUAUUUUAUCUAAGAAGUGA